CUGGAUAAAACUAAAGUGGUUUACUACCACAUUAACAAAUUUUAAUGUUUGCCUAACUGAGAUAAAAAAGAAAUGUCGGAAAAGAAGGGUGGCGCCGCCCCAAAAGCAUCGACUCUCCGGUGGACAAUUCUUCGCCGUGCUCUUCUUCCUCGUUCACACAUCACUGAUAAACACAAUUCUGAGAUUGGGAUUGAGCGUGUUUCUAGGAAGACUAGCCAUGGAUUCAGUUUAAUACCGUCUUGUUUAAUCGAAAAUCGAAACGAUACAUCAUCAUCAUCAUCAUUGAUUGACAGUAAAGAAGCUGCUUGUUUUUGCUAUACAUUGCCUGUACCUAAUGCUCCUAAGCUCUUUUUGUUUCAGAGAUUUAGCAGUUUUGAUGUUCUUGGUGAUUUUGAGAUAUGCAACAGAUAUGAUAUUGACAACACGGGUCUUGUUUGUCCCUGGCCAUCAGAAGAAGUUCUUGCGUAUUAUUGUUUGUCACAUGCAGAGAUGUUCAGAUCCAAAACAGUCAUUGAACUAGGAUCAGGAUAUGGGUUAGCUGGUUUGGUUGUUGCUAUGGCGACUGAAGCUUCAGAAGUUGUAAUAUCAGACGGAAAUCCCCAAGUAGUGGAUUACAUUCAGCAUAACAUUGAUGCCAAUUCUGGUGCAUUUGGCCCUAGCAAGGUAAAGUCUUUAAUGCUUCACUGGAACAAGGAAGAAAUAUCAGACAUCUCCAACAAAUUCGAUAUUGUUGUGGCUAGUGACUGCACUUUCUUUACAGAAUUUCACAAAGGCCUUGUUCAAACUCUUGUGAACUUGUUGAAAAGCGAGGGUCCCUCUACAGCCAUCUUCUUCAGUCCCAAAAGAGGUGACACAUUUGAUAAAUUUGUUGCUGAAGUCAAAGAGAUUGGUCUGCAUUAUAGCAUCGAUGAGAUCUAUGACACAGAAAUCUGGAGACAACAUCAGGAUUUUGUAAGAGGAGAUGACUCAUGGCCCAACUAUGACAAGGAUCACUGCUAUCCGUAUUUAAUCAAAAUUACUCGAUGAAUCACUUUAUAUUGUACCAAUUCUUCUUUGUACCUGGAAAUUGUUUCCUCGAAUCAAACAUUUAUUGCAUCCUAAAAGAACACCCCUUGCCUAGUUUCUAGCUCCAUAGGACAAAUUUGGUUUAUGUACUUGCUCUUAACUCAUUUAUUUGUUGAUGACUUGGUGUGUAGAAGCAGUCUCAGAUAUUGCCCAGGCCCUAGCUGGCUAGCUGAUUUGAUCUAGUGUUCUGUACAUUUAGACGAAGCUAUAUACCGAUUAAUGGUUAAUUUA